AUGCGGAGCUGUAGCACGGCCUCGUCCGGAAGGAAGAGGAAAUAUGAUGAGGUGGGAUCCACAGAAAGGGAGAAACUGUCGGCAGAGAACAUCAUACAAGGAAAAGACAAGAAUGGAAAAGGAAAAAGAAGAUCCAUAAGUUUGUCUAAUGCUUUUUUCAGUGCAAAAAGUUUCGAUAAGUAUGACAAUUGUUUUAAGUUAGUUAGGAGCGAUGCAGCGGACGAGCAGGGGAUAAAUUUGGAGAGGGAAGCGGAGGAACGAUGCUUAGCUGAUGGGGGAGGAAGUACAGGCAUCACACGUGGCCAAGUUAUAACCGGGGGAGAACGUAUACGCGGGAAAGAAAGACUCACAUGGAAAGCGCCCAUGAAUGAGUUCCUUCUCCAUAUGAAGCGUUUUAAAUCUUUUCUUCUUAAAAAGUCCAUGGUGUACAAAAUUAGGUGUCUGAAUCAUAACUCCACAUGGCUGUCUGAGCUGUCAAAGGGAAGGGGAAGAGGCAGACGAGGAGGAGUAAACGGGAGAUUCCUGAACGAUUGCCUAAUUGUCAACCCUUUUCCCACCUACAAAGAAGUGGUUCGCUUGUACUAUGAACAGAAAUAUAAAGAAGCCUACCUUAAGCUAAGCCGAAUUUCAGUUUAUUCCUUUUCUUCACCCGGGGAAGAAGACAUACUAAGAGAUAACUACUUCAAAGGGAAAAAUUACAAUUUGCAUUUCAUGAUCCGCUCGGUAGUAUCCAUCCAGAAGAUCAAUUUUGAUUGCGGAAAAGACAUUGAACAAAAAAAGGAAAAAACAAAAGUCCAAAGGAAAGGUAAGAAAAAUUCAAUUUCGAAGAGAUCAUCAAAUGAGUAUUUUAUUUCUGCUGACCAGAAAAGGGAUAAAAUUAUUGAUAAGGGAAACAAACUCCGAAUGUAUAUGCAAAAUGUGAAGAAGAAAAAAAAAGAGGAAGUAGAAAGGGAAAGAAAAAAAAAACGCAUUUUCAUUGUCAGGCAUAAAUUUAUUAGGUACGAAAAUAAUGUAAAUAGGUGGUGUCAUAAGUAUCUGCAAAACGGAACAUUUGCAAUGAAAGGGACAGCCAAACGGGGGAGAGAAAAAAUGAAACGUUCUUCAUGCAGAAGGGGAGGAAACGUUAGUGACCCAUAUACACAUCACUCCAACGUGAGUACCAAAUCAGAGUCAUUACGCAGGGACAACUACGGGAUAGUACCACGCCGUAGAAGUGUGCACAAGGCGAGUGGAAACCUUUCUGAGGAGGAACAGAAAGGGAGAGGAAAGGAAAAAGGAGACAUAGACACCGAGACUGGGAAAUUAUCACAUCGGACAGAUGUUCCAAUUGGAGAAAAGAGCGAUAAAAAAAAACACAGCUCCUUCUUAUGUGAGAAGGAAAGAAUCCGUGACACGGUAAGAAGCCGAAUCAAGGUAGACACCAAUUUGUUAAUCUUCCUCAAAAUGUUGUGUUUGUAUAGAUAUGCCUACUCCUUCGGGGAGAAUAAAGUGUUAAGCUUAGGUGGGAAUAUUUCCUCUAAGGUGCACACCAAGCGUUCCGAAGCAAACGAUCUGAAUUUUCUGCCCCAAAAGGUGAGUAUAGGAAGCGCUUUGCAGAGGGAAAUACUAAUGUAUAUCGUCCAAUAUCUGAGGAAAGUCCAGAAAGAAAUUAAACUAGACACGCACCUUUGUCUGCUACUAAGUGUAGUUUACUACGAUUUGAAAAAAUUUCAUAAAAGUUUGCUCUAUGUGAAGAAAAGCAUCAGACGUGACUACUUUAACUUUGUGGCGUGGGUUUUCUUUAACAAUUUAAUUUCGAUAGAGUUGUUUACUGGAGGUAGUUCACGAAAAAGCAGAAUGGGAGAACUUGAAAGUGAAUCGUUAAGGAAAACCCCCCAAGGGAGUAGCCGCACGUAUCGAAGUAGUUAUGAAUCCAUUUGUGAAGAAAAAAAAAGAUUUCGCGAAAAUUCCAGAAAGUUGAAAAAGCUGUGCAGCCAUCUGUUUCGAAAUGAAUAUUUUCAAAGCGGAAAGGGGGACUUCCUAGAUGUGGCCGAACACUAUUCUAGGUACAUCUACGUGAACCCGCUGCGCAACUCGGGGGCGUCUUUUUUUUUUAGGAACUGCUACUUUGUAAGUCGCGUUUUUAGCGAGAAGGAGGAGGAGCGGUGUCAAGGGGGGAAGCGGUCAAGGGGGGACAGGUCAAAAAAGGGGAAUCACUCACACAGGGGGAGCCACUCAAGAAAAACCAAACCGCGGAACAGGAAGACACUCCUCGCAUUUUUCGAAAGAUACCAAGGGUACCUGAAAAGGUACAAGUUUAAAAGGAAUCUCAUGUCGCUAUUCGGGUUCGCUCACUUUUGCUCCCUCAAUUGUUCGCUCUACAAAGAUUCCAUAAAGACUUACAAACAUUUAAAGGAAAUCCUGCCGAACAACUUUUAUGUGUCCUGUCAACUAGCCAAAUUGUAUUACUAUUGCGGGGAGGCAAAAAAGAGUAUGAAGUGCUUUGACAAAAUGAAUCGAAUCUGCAAUAGGAACAUCAUUUUGGAGAGAAGUCUGCUGGAAAGCUGUUGUGUUCGCUAUUUGCAAAGAAGGGAAAAAAAAGGGAGGAGAGGCAAAAAAGGAGUACAAACGAGUGAUGACGGUCAGUCAUGCGUUCAGGUAAUAAGUGCGAAGAAGUGUAAAGACAUGGAAAUGUUUCUCCUUCCUGGGUACUUCUCAAACGGGUUUAUUUAUGUGGAGCUUUUGGUGAACAUGCUGGUGUGUGAGAAGAACCUCCCGGUGUUGUUAAUUCUUCUGCGGGAUUGUGAAAGGGCUGCGAGGAAAUGCACAGGUAAAAACAGAAAUGCAAAGUAUGACGCUAAAUUAUGCUACAUCAGGGGGAAGUAUCUCUCUCUAUGCAAUCAUCGGAAGAAGUCCAUUCUUUGUUUCAAGGAAGGAAUUCAAAGGAAUAAAUAUCACGUGUUCUCAUAUAUGGCUUUGGCCCAGGAGUAUUUCUCCUGUGGGAAUGUGAACAGUUCUGUUGGCAUCCUUACGAAAGCCAUUAUUUUAUAUUUUAAUAACUCCAGUGCGUGGUUCAGCUUGGCGAAAUGUUUUGAAUGGAAAGGGAAUUAUCGAUGUUCCAUUUUUUGUUAUGAACAAGCAAUAAAUUCUCAGCAAAGUACCAUUUUUUAUUUUCACUUGUCUGGGAUUUAUUGGAAAAAAGGAGACGUGAACAGUUACAUAGACACGUUGAAGAAAGGGUGGGUAUUUAAAAAAGAUCCCUCGUUCGCGUCUAUGCUGUUUUUUAUAUACUUAUUGAAGUUGAAAGCACAAAAUAGGGGGAGUUUCUUCAUGGGAAAAGAAACACAGGAAGGAAAUGCCCCUUACCCCUCUAAAAAAGGAAGGAGUAAAGAAACGAUUUUUCUUUUUUACGAAAAAAAUAAUGAAUGUUUCAGAUGGUGUGUCAAGUAUUUAAAGUGUUGCUUGAAUAAAAUGAAGAUAAUGCGGAGGUUAAAUCGAAUGGGACGCGUUUCAUCUCUCCUUAAAUUCGAAGCUGAAGAAGUUGUAACGUGUGGCUCCUUGGGUAAAGCGCAGCUGGAUGAUAAUAUGAAAUGUGACACCUACUAUAAAUGCGAUAGUAAUUCCUUUUUAAAAAAAUUAAAAAAGAUAUUUAAGAGAAAAACAAGUUAUUUUUGCUUUAUUCACUUUUUAAGAAACUCCUCCACGAGUCUGUUUGAAGCUAUUUACUACUUGGCACAUUAUUUCUUUUUCCACGAAAGUUUUUACAAUGCUUUGAAGCUGUUUGAAGUUCUGUGGCACGCAGGGGGUAUUUAUUCCGAGGCCUCUUUCACGAUGUACAGGCACACACAGAGGACGUUACAAAGGGGGUGGAAGAAAUCCGACGGAAAAACGCGAUGA